GGUUCAGAUCGUGCCCACUCGAGAUAUCCCGGACAGAUAGGUUCGGAAUGGUGCCCGCCUCGGAGAUGCCCUUGCUCCCCGAUCCCAAGUCGUCAAGUUCGCUGCACCUCCCGUCCCCGUGAUGCCCUCGCCGUGACCUCACCGGCGGCCGCUAUGACCUCGCCGGCUUCCACCUCUUCCUGGUUCUCCGGAAUCGUGCGCACAGCAUCCGGUAAUCCCCCUUCUUCAGCCAUGCCUCCCGCCGGCGGCGUCACCUCCGCCCCCGUCUCCCUUCCCGACACCCCUGCUGCCGUGAGCGGCAAGGGUGGUGUCGUUGCCCCUGUAGCCACCACAGGCGUAUGCGCUCGCAGGAAGCAGCUCCAGGGCACGCUGUUCAAGUACGGGCCCAAGUCCGCUCAGGUUGCGUUCAGGACUCGUGAUUUCACCCGUCAGGUCAUUUUCAUUGGUGGUUUGGCAGAUGGGCUCUUAGCAACUGAUUACUUGGAACCAUUGUCACUUGCGUUGGAGGUUGAGAAAUGGUCACUGGUUCAACCAUUACUUUCUUCAUCAUAUACUGGAUACGGAAUUUCCAGCUUGGAGCAAGAUGCAUUGGAACUUGAUCAGCUCAUCGGCUACUUGAUAAAUAAAGAUAAUUCUGAAGGAGUAAUACUGCUCGGUCACAGCACUGGUUGCCAGGAUAUUAUACAUUACAUGCAGACAAACUUUGCAUGUUCCAAAGCAGUUUCUGGGGUAAUUUUGCAGGCCCCAGUAAGUGACAGGGAGUAUAGGGCAACUCUUCCAGAAACAGGAGAAAUGAUAGAUCUGGCAGCGAAAAUGAUUAGUGCGGGCCGUGGAAUGGAUUUGAUGCCCAGAGAAGCAAAUUCAGAUGCUCCAAUUACUGCCUACAGGUUCCACUCCCUUUGUGCAUACAUGGGUGAUGACGAUAUGUUCAGUUCUGAUCUUAGUGAAGAUCAGCUGAAGCAGAGACUUGGUCAUAUGUCAACCACACAGUGCCUGGUUAUUUUUUCAAUGGCGGAUGAGUAUGUCCCUGAAUACGUCGAUAAGAAGGCACUUGUAGACAGACUCUGUCGUGCACUUGGAGAUUCAGAGAAAGUUGAAAUAAAAUGGGGAAACCAUGCUCUUUCCAACAGGGUGCAAGAGGCUGUCGAGGUUAUUGUAGAUUUUGUUAAGAGGGAGGGACCCAAAGGAUGGGACGAUCCAUGGAGCUAGAUACAGCAGUCAUAUGAUGCAAUCUUUACCCCACUUUACCUGUUAGAAUCUUUCAUUUUUGCAGUUUUAUUGGUCCAAUUUUCUGUGUACUAAUGUUCUGAUCUAUUUAUUUUAUUGCGUAAACCCUUGUCUAGAACUUGAUUUUCGAUCUCGUGCUCAUCUGUGGACAUUCAGAUUCACUGUUUGAAAAUUGUAAGUUGUAAUGCUACUAUCUCUGGAAUGUUCCUCUUUGUCUAUUCAGAAUUGUUUUUUUAA